AUGUCCCACGACACAAGCAGUACCCCGGCAAAGCGCCGAGUGUUGGUGAUUGGAUCAGGGGGUGUAGGGACGAUGGUCAGCGUCGCACUCGAGCGAUCUGGACAAGCAUCUGUCACUUCUGUUCUCCGAUCGAAUUAUGAACAGGUCGUCAAGCAUGGAUUCGAAAUCGAGUCCAUCGACCAUGGAAAUCUAUCAUCCUGGAGACCAAGCGCAAUCGUCAAUGCUGUUCCCCUAGCCGAUUCCAACACCCCAUUUGACUACGUGAUCGUCACAAUGAAAAACAUCCCUGAAGUGAACAAUAUCCCCAAGAUCAUAGCUCCCGCUAUAACCCCAGAUCACACAACGAUCGUGUUAUUCCAAAACGGACUAUACAUUGAACCACCAAUCAUCGCAGCAUUCCCCUCAAAUGUGGUACUAUCAGCACCGAGUUUCAUCGGUGCACAUGAAAAAAACGGCCACGUGGUCCACGACGACCACGACAACUUCCACAUCGGCGCAUUCCACAACCCAUCCGUGGAUGCGGCGGUCGAGCGCACCAAGCUCGAAGAGUUCGCGACAAUCUAUAACGCGAGCAAAGUCGUCGAUGCCAAUGUCGUUGAUGAUAUUGUCUUCUAUCGCUGGCGGAAGGUGCUCUGGAAUGGAAUUUUCAAUCCCAUGUGUGCUAUCACUCAGCUGGAUAGUGCUGCGAUUCGCCGGUUCGGCGGCGAGCAUAGCUUGAUUAGACCCGGUAUGGCGGAGAUGGCGGCCAUUGCAAAGGCCGAUGGGUAUGAUCUCGGGCCGGGGAUUGUGGAUGAGAUGGUUGAUUCUACUCCUCUCGAGUUGUCUUUCCGGCCUAGUAUGCUGGUCGAUGUGGAUAAGGGAAAUCCGCUGGAGGCGGAGGUUAUUCUGGGGAAUGCUUUGCGGGUUGCGAGGGAGAAGGGUGUGAAUACACCGAUCUUGGAUAAUACGUACCGGUUCUUGAAACUCACUCAGGCGCGGCUAUUGGCUGCAAGGGGGUUGAUUGUUGAGCCGAAGGAACUGCCAAAGGCAGAUCUCAUAUAG